AAGGAAGCCAGAUUCCUCUCCAGGUCUUCUCCCCAGCAUCAUCACCAACUCAGCUCGCAAAGCAAGCAACGACAAGAACUACCUCUUGAUCAUACUCUUUCAGUUUGAAAAUAACACAAUUUUGAAAUGUCUACCGUUGUGACCACCGCUCCUCCUGUCCAGACCAUGUCUCUCCAGGCAGUCGCUCACUCGGGCUCUUCGGACGAAGAGCUCUUGCAGCUAUUCCGCCGAGUGACCAUCACCAGCUCUGACGGCCAUGAUGUGUCUGAGAUGCAAAUCAAGAAGGCCUUCCAGCAGGAGAUCAGCCGGCCCCUGGGUCGACAGAUGCUGGAGGCAUCCUUGGCGCACGCGAAUGGCUGCUCUUGCUAUCACUGGAACUACCAUGACCGCAUCAGCGGCAAAGUCAACAUCUCCCGGGUUGAUUUGACAUUUGAUCUGACUUCAAAGAGCAUGGGACAGGCCGUGAAGGGUGAAGCUGCUGGCUUCUACAGGCCUAACAGUGCCUUUAUCAAUGCAACCGUCUACUAUGACGACCAGCAAUACCUCCAGGGCAACCAGAGCGUCCAAAUCUACAUGGAUGGAAGCAAAUUCAUCAUCGACUUCUUCACCACCGACCAGUCGGAGAAGCCAAUCGCGCGUAUCGUCCAGAACGCCUCGUCCUUUACCUUCCAGGGCACUGACACUGGUGACGCUACCUGGGGUACUAACUAGUGGCUGGGUCGGUGACCGCCGGAAAGAGCCAUUUGGCAUCUAUGCCAAUCAAUUUGGAGCUGAUGGGGUGAUGCGG